CAAAAUAAUAUGGUCAGUCAAGAGGGCACUAGAUACGAGAACAGCUCUGGUUAGCAUAGACGACACAAAUAAAGCAAUAGACAAAAUAAACGCAGAACAAGGUACCAACAUUGAGCAGAUUAGGCAUGUUGACGAGGCCAUAUUAACUGAAUGGGUACAAGUAGCCAAGCAUGGUUUGAAAGCUAUGAGAGUGCAAGAAAGGCUUAAAGAUGAUAAGCAGGUGAAAGAGGUAAUAAGUAAAGUGAUAAGCACUCAAUGUGAAAGAAUAGAUGGUGAUGUAAGCAGAAUGCUAGCAAGUAUACUAGAUAAGCCAACCAACAAAAUUAGAAUUAACAGAGUACUUGAGGUAGAUACUAAGAAGCAUAUACUCCAUACCGAGCCAGAUAUAGUCCUAGAUAAGACUCACAAGCAUUUUGAAGAGCAGUUCAAGGAGAGAAAGAUCGGGACGGAGAAUAACAUUAAAGAUGAAUUCUAUACACCCUUAAAAGAAGUAAAAGAAGAGUGGUAUAAGAGCUUAGGUGAAGAAAUUACUCUUGAGGAGUGGUUGGCUGCAGUAAAUGGAACAAAGAACCAAACAGUAUCUGGGGCUACGGGAAUCGGGUAG